AGCUUUCCUACUCCUUCCUGCCCUUUAGUAUUUAACCUCUUUUCCCUUCCCUCUUCCCCCACACAAACCCAACUCUUGCUCUUCUUCCUGACACCCUCCGACUUGCCUCACCACGCUCUUCGCUGCGCCUACCGUCUCAAUUGCCAUUCACAAUGUCUGCCUUCGCCAGUUCUUUCCGUCCCGUCGCCUCGCGCUUCCUCGCGCAGAAGCUCCCCCUCUCCGCCGUCCGCAGGGCGACCCCCGUCAGUUUCCCGCGGGGAAGUGUCCGGAGCUUCUCCCAGAGCCCAUUCUGGCAACUGAAGAAGUAUACCGAGUCUCACGAAUGGAUCGAGCUGGCCGAUAACGGCAAGACGGCCAAAAUCGGCAUCACCGCCUACGCCGCCCACUCCCUCGGCGACGUCGUCUACGUCGAGCUCCCCUCCGAGGGGCUGGAGGUGAGCGCCAACGAGCCCGUCGGCGCCGUCGAGUCCGUCAAGUCCGCCUCGGACGUGCUCUCGCCCGUCGCCGGCACCGUGGUGCGCGGCAACGCCAUCCUCGAAGACAAGGCCAAGUUCAUCAACGAGAGCCCCGAGGCCGAGGCCUGGAUCGCCGAGAUCGAGGUCGCCGACGCCGCCGAGUUGGACUCCCUGCUGGAUGAGGCCGCCUACAAGGCGCACAUCGAGGCGGAGGAUCACUAGGUCUGGUUCCAUAAGAAUGUGAUGGGUUUAGGGGAGGGGCCCGAGGGGGGGUUUUUCGUCUUUGAUUUUUUUUUACACUUGUUCAUGCUUGCGGUUUUCUUAUGGGAUGGAAUCUUAUGUUUUGGGAUAAUGUUGCGUCUCGGCGGGAUGCGACGUGGAUUUGAUUGGGUUUAUAGAUAUGAUGAUGAUGAUGCGAGGUGG